CAUACACCAGUACCACUAGUUUAGAGAUAAUGUUCAACUUGGAGUUGAGGAGUUCUCAAUAUAUAGACCUCAACCUUCAGCCAAGCCAAAUCCAUCCAUUUGUAAACAUGUCUUUGGCAACAAUAAUAGCAAUAUUUUCUUUCCUUCUCCUUUUAUUCAAAAUCUCUUUUCGUCCAAAACAAAAUGCCAGUUUCCAAAGAAAACCACCAGGUCCACCAACACUUCCUAUAAUCGGAAACCUUCACAUAUUAGGCACACUUCCACAUCGAAAACUUCAUGAACUCUCCAAAAAAUAUGGUCCAAUCAUGUCCUUACAACUAGGUCAAGUACCAGCUAUUGUUAUUUCAUCUUCAAAAGCAGCAGAAUUAUUUCUCAAAACACACGACCUUGUUUUCGCUACCCGACCAAAGAUUCAAGGAUCUGAGCUCAUAUCUUAUGGUUCCAAAGGGGUGGCUUUUUCUGAGUAUGGUCCUUAUUGGCGUAGUGUAAGGAAGCUUUGCACUUUGAAACUUCUUAGUGCUUCCAAAGUUGAGAUGUUUGCUCCUAUUAGAAAAGAGGAGUUAAGUGUUAUGGUUAAAUCAUUGGAGAAAGCUGCUUUGGUGGGUGAGGUUGUGAAUGUUAGUGAGGCUGUAGAAAAUCUUGUUGAAGAUAUUAUGUAUAAGAUGAUAUUAGGUAGAAGUAAGUAUGAGCAGUUUGACUUGAAGAAGUUGGUUCAAGAAGCAUUGACUUUGAUGGGAGCUUUUAAUCUAGCUGAUUAUGUUCCUUGGUUAGGAGUAUUUGAUCUUCAGGGAUUAACACGAGAUUUCAAGAAAAUUAGUAAAGCAAUGGAUGAGAUAUUCGAGAUGAUAAUAGCGGAGCAUGAACAAACUACUAAUGUAGAUAAAACUUGUGGUGAAGACUUUGUAGACAUACUUCUUUCAAUUAUCCACCAAACUGUUGAUCACGAGGGUGAACAAAAUAAUGUCAUUGAUCGAACUAACAUCAAGGCUAUUUUACUCGACAUGAUAGUGGCAGCAAUUGAUACUUCUGCUACAUCAAUUGAGUGGACUUUAUCUGAACUAUUGAGACAUCCAAGAGUGAUGAAAAUUCUUCAAAAUGAGAUACAAGAUGAAGUGGGAAAUAAGAGAAUGGUUGAAGAGAAGGAUUUGAAGAAGUUGAAUUACCUUGAUAUCGUGGUUGAUGAAAUCUUAAGACUUCAUACUGUUGCACCAUUAUUAAUCCCUCGUGAAACAAGAGAGAACAUCACAGUUGAUGGUUAUUUCAUAGAGAAAAAGACACGAGUCAUGGUAAAUGCAUGGGCAAUAGGGAGAGAUCCUAAUAUUUGGUCAGAAAAUGCUGAGGAGUUUUACCCAGAGAGGUUUAUUGACAAAAAAAUGAAUUAUCAAGGACACGAGUUUGAAUCAAUACCAUUUGGUUCUGGUCGUAGACGUUAUCCUGGAAUUCAACUGGGUUUAAUUACUAUUAAAUUGGUUGUAGCUCAAUUGGUGCAUUGUUUUGAUUGGGAACUUCCAUAUAAUAUUAAUCCUUCAAAUAUGAAUAUGGAAGAGAAAUUUGGACUCACAGCUCCAAGAGCUCAACAUUUGCACGCAAUACCACAUUAUCGUUUGGUUGAUUCCAAACAUGAAUAAAUCUACGUAUAUUCAACAAGUUUUAUUACUAAUAAAUUUUCUAAGUAUAGUUGGUCUAUUAUUGAUAUUUGUAUAAAACAAGUUAUUGUAUAAUGCUUUAUCUUUAUUACUAUUAAUGGCCAACGUUUGAGUUUAUUAAAUUAAUAUUGAGUAAUAUAUUAUAAUAUUUAUUAUCUCUAACAA